AUGUUUGAUCAUUGUCUUUCUUUUGUACAGUGUCGUGGUUCAGUCCCAAUUUUUUGGAGUCAGAAAGGUUAUCGUCUAAAACCUCCACUUGUUAUUGACCGCCCUUUGGAGGAAUCAUUGCCCACUUUUAGCAUACACAUUGAACAAUUAUUACAUUUAUACUCAAUUCCACUUGUUAUUGUAAAUUUAGCUGAUCAGACAGGGAGAGAAGCUGUUCUUUGUGAUGCUUAUCUUCAACACAUUUUGGCUUUUAAUUGUAACAAUGUCACCUACCAUUCAUUCGAUUUUCACCGAGUUUGUGGCAAUAGACGACAUCACAAACUGUCAGAAUUAAUGGAAACCUUGAAAGAAGAAAUUGGAUCAAUUGGUUUUUGUUGGAUUGAUAAAAGUGGAAAAGUAGUAAUGCGACAGAAAGGAGUAAUUAGAACGAAUUGUAUUGACUGUCUAGAUCGAACUAAUGUUGUUCAAAGUGCAAUUUCCCAAGCUGUAUGUUUAAUUCAAUGUAGAAAGUUGGGAAUUAUUGAAGCGGAAGCUAGUGCUCCUGAACAGUUUGUGCGGUUAUUACAACGAAUGUGGGCAGAUCAUGGAGAUUCGAUUUCUAAACAGUAUGCAGGCACUAGUGCAUUGAAGGGAGAUAUAACUCGAAAUGGACAACGUAAAAUUUCUGGUUUAGUCAAAGAUGGAUAUAAUUCAGCUUCUCGUUAUUAUUUAUCCCAAAUGUGUGAUGCAAAUAGACAACGAGUUAUUGAUGCUAUCUUGGGGUUGUCAAUAACAGAAGAAGAUGCGUAA